AGGUACCACCAGCAGCAGCAGGUCGAGUGAAAAGCAAAACAGCAAGUAGCCUCUGAACUGAAAAGAGCCCUUCUACCCAUACACAUGGCAACACAUGAUGAUUUCACAGCAGCUAAGUACCGAGCCCCUGUUGCGGUGUAUUGUGGGAGUGUCCCCAAAGUCAAACCCAGAUACAGAUCGCUGCGAGGGGGAAGCAUCGAUUCAAACUUGCAGCUGUAUGGAAGCAGAUGGACGACAGCAGAUGAAGCCUCUCUUCAGUCUGUACUGAAAGUCCAGAUGAAAAAACAGUCAUGUUUGUGGAGUGGAGAUGGGGGCCCACCUUAUCCCAGAGCCAUUUCCUCUCUAGAGGGCUUGGACAGCCCCACCUUGAAACAGGAUCCCAAAGAACUGGAGGUGAGCAGUGCGGCCAUGGAAACUGCUCAGAUCAAGGACAAGCUCAAGAAGAGGAGGAUCUCUGAGGGCUUAUUUGCAUCAUACAGAGGUUUGCUUGACUCCAGUGGCCCCAAGGAGGUUGCCCUGAAGCCAGCUGUUUCCAGAUCUGCCUCUCAAAGGCUGCUGCUAACUUCCAAGCCCAUGCCUCCCAUUCAAAGCAUCCCUACCUCCCCAGAAGCCAAUGGCACAGAUGAAAGGGAGCAGAAAACCUUGGAGAAUGGCAUGAUCAGCUGGAGCCAUGGUGAGACCCACACUGAGCUGACUCCAACUUCCCAAGAGACUUCCCGGCAGUACUUGCAUUGCAAUGAUGAGAAGAUGAGGAAGUCAUUAGGUUCUGCUUUGAUUCCACCUAUUCCCAAAUCAGUGAGACCACCUGCUGGAGACUCUGGCAAUUCUCCAAUGCCUCUUUCAAGCUCUCAGCAAUUGGACCAGUCUGCUCUCACUAUACAGGAGACUGCUGAGAUAAGGUCAAGGCCAGACAGCAAUGCUGAGGAGAAGAUCCUUAAAUCUCUGGAAUUCAGAACUCUGGAACCCAUUUUGCCUGCUCCCAAAAAUGGCUUGACCGGUAGCAUGAAGCCUGCUGAAUAUUUACUGCCAUUAACAACCCUCUCCCUCAGCCAGGCCAAGGAGACAGGACCCCUAUCGAGCCCUCAUCUUUUAAAGGGUGAUGAUUGGAAGGAGAGCAAUGGAAGGAUCCACGUCACAAUAUCCAAGUCAGCUCAGGAGAAAAUGCGCCAGAAGCAAAUGAAAGAGAUGGAGCUUUUGCGCAGCGAGAGGGAGAAGGAAAAAGAGAGAGAGAAGGAAAGGUCCCUGCAGCUCCAUGAGCAAUUGCAGAACGUUGACCCAGGGGCUAUUGCUCAGGAAGUCCCCACAGGUUUUGGCCUGCUUAACACCAAUGGGAUCAUUUCCAUUACCCCCAACGUGACCAACCCAUGCAGAGCCAGCGUUGGUAUUGCCUUAAAGAAACGGGUCAACAGGCCAUCUCUGCCUAGUAUCCCUAUCAUCAAUCAAGACAGCAGCUUCAUGCGACACUCAUCAGCUAACUCCCUGCCAGCAAACACACUGGAUUCUCCAGAGGGGGAGGAGGAGUCUGAAAGUGGGGAAGCCUUGGAGAUGAGACCCUUCUCUCACCCGGAGCAAGGGCUGGUUGAUGCUCUCAAGUGGCUCAGUAGCAAUGACUGGCCACUGAAGGAGAAAGGACUUUUCAGCAUCAAAUGCCUGGCUACCUGCCAUUCAGAAGUCCUCCUUUGUCGACUUCAUGAUGUUUCCUUGGCAGUUACCAGAGAGGUUAGCAACCUCCGCUCAAAGGUGUCUCGCUUUGCUAUCAGCACUCUUGGCGAGCUCUUCAGGACCAUGAAGAAGCACAUGGACCAGGAGGUUGAGGAGAUUGCCCGGGUCCUGCUCCACAGGACAGGGGAUUCCAGCGAGUUCAUUCAGAAAGCAGCUGAUCGAUCCCUGGGCGUCAUGGUGGGGAGUGUGACUCCCAUGCGAGCAAUGGCUGCCCUCAUGGCCAGUGGAGUAAACCAUCGUAACCCCCCCGUUCGAAAGUGCGCCGCUGAACACUUACUGACUGUCAUGGAACAGAUUGGGGCUGAGAAACUUCUGUCAGGCACCAGAGACAACACAGAACUACUGGUCCAGACUCUGGUGAAGCUUGCUCAGGACUGCAAUCAAGACACUAGGUUUUACGGCCGGAAGAUGCUGAAUGUGCUGAUGCCUCAUCCGAAAUUCGAUGGGUAUUUGAAACAGUCUCUCCCAUCACAUAACUUGCGAAAUGUUAUGGCAACAAUAAAGCAGAAAGGGAUGGAAGACAAUGUAUCUGAACCUCCUUCUACCAAAGGCCGCAGGGAGUCUAGGAACAGCAGCUUGACUGCCUCCCAGGACAGUCUGCCUUCCAGCGAAGGGUCCAGAUCAGACACCCUAGCACCAGCACAGCCAGUGGUUCGUCGCUCAUCUCUCCGUAGCGUGGAAGCGAUGGAGCAGCUCAAGGAGCUAAACAAACUCCUGAUGGCCAAGGAGUUUCAGACACGAAUGGAGGGAGUGACACUGCUGGUGGAGCACUGCAGGAACAACCCCCAGUUUGUCUCCGCAAACAUUGUCCAGAUUUUUGAUGCUUUUGCCCUGAGACUUCAGGACUCCAACAAGAAAGUGAACCAGCACGCGCUAGAGUCAGCUGCCUCCAUGAUCCCUAUCCUCAAAGAUGGUUUACACCCAGUUGUGGUCUCCAUGGUGACGGUUGUCACUGAUAACUUGAACUCUAAGAAUUCUGGGAUUUAUACUGCAGCAGUGAGGGUGCUGGACACAAUGAUCGCUAACCUAGAUAAUGCGUUGCUUCUACAAGCAUUUGCCAGCAGAGUGCAUUUCAUCAGUGGUCGAGCCAUGCAGGACAUCACGGAACACCUGUCAGCGCUUGUAGCUUCUGUCUACCCUCGGAAACCCCAGGCUGUGGAACGUCACACCCUGCCUGUUCUCUGGUAUUUCCUGAACAACAUGAUCGGAAAUGGGGUGUUACCUGGUAGGAGCGGGAAUGUCAGGACUGUGGUCUGCAAGCUUGCUAAAAGCCUGUACAAAGAGAUGGGACGCAGCCUAGAGGAUCAUGCUUCCAGCCAACCACAACAUGUGAUAAAAUCCCUCCGGGACCUUUUAGACAUGGAACUCCAGUGAAGGAGGACCAGUAGCCUCCAGGACAGUUUACAGUGUGGCACUUGAUGGGGUAGAUAAAUGGAAGUGGUGGACAUUAUACUGGCAAUGAUUUUAUUCUAUGUUUUUGGAGAAAGGAAUAAGUUUAUAGAUCCAGAUGUAUAUAGUAUAUUAUGAAGUAGAAUUAAACAAAUCACGUAUUUUUAUAAGGUUUUAUUUCUUCAGCGUUUGUUCCUGAGAGGUUUUACAUAGAUCUUUUAAAAACAAUAAUUAUGUAUAAAUGUUGUGUUUUGUAAUUGUAUAAAAAAGAAAAUAAUGUAUUUAUACACAGACACAUUUAGGGAGGGAGGGAGAGAUGGGCCUUAGACACAAUGAGAGAGAGAGGGGUGAAUGAUUGGGCCCUAGAAGCAGGGCCGGCUCCAGGUUUUCUGCUGCCCCAAGCGGCGGGAGAAAAAAAAAAAAAGCCGAUCGGCGGCACUUCGGCGGCAGCUCAAUCUCGCCGCUCCAUUCUUUGGCGGCACUUCGGUGGCGGGUCCUUCAGUCUCUCUCUUCCCCUUCAGCAGUAGCUCAAAGAGGAAGAGAGGGACUGAGGGACCCGCCACUGAAUUCCCGCCGAAGACGUGGACAGGCCACCCCAAUAGCAGACAGAGUGCCGCCCCUUUGUAUUGGCCACCCCAAGCACCUGCUUCCUUAGCUGGUGUAUGGAGCCGGCCCUGCCCAGAAGCAGAGAGUGAGAGGCAAAUACUCCAGGCUAAGAAAAUAAAGUGAGUGAGGAAGAGAGAAGUAUGCUGCCCCCAAGACACAAAGGGUACGUCUACAUUGGAGCUGGGAGAUUUGCACUAGUGGGGCUCAAGCUAGCAUGCUAAAAAUAGCAGUGUGGACCUUGCAGCUCAGGCUGGAGCUUGGGAUCUGAAGCCUACCUGUCCCUAUAGGCUUGAGAGUCCAAGCUGCUAUCCAAGCCACAAUGGUAACACUGCUAUUUUUAACAUACUUGUUCGAGUGCCACUAGCAUGAGUUUGCCUACCUGGGCUGAGAGGCUUGCUCCUAGCCACAGUGUAGACAUACCAACAAGAGCUUGUGGGAAAGGGGAUAAAGGAGAGAGGUGGGGCCCUGGAAGCAGAAAAAGUGACCUGGGUAUAUAUCCAUUUCUGAAAAAUUGAGCACUCCUACACAUAUUCACACAACCCUGAAAGGCAGAGGGCAAGAAAGAAGGGAUAUAUAGGAUCCUGAACACAGGCAGAGUGAGGCACAUGGGGCCCAUGAGAGCAGAAAAAUAGAAGGACCUUGAAAAUGGGGCCUUGCCCAUUAAGUCACAAGGCCAAAGAGCAGCACAGAAGGACCCAGCCAAAGAGGCCCAUGAGUCUGAGAAUUUUAAAUUUACGUCUUUUUUUUCAUACCUGAAGCUAUACAGUAGUCUAACUUGUUGUUGCAUUCUGUAUUAUCUUUCUGUGAAUUUCCCUCCAUCACCAAGGUCUUUUAUCACAGUAAAGAACGGGUGAAAUGAUUCAAACCUUCUGAAGUGUUUUAGAUUAACUUAGAACUGCAUAGGUAAUGUAGUGUAAAUUUGAUGUUCUAGAGCACCAGGAACUCAGAAUCUUCUGGAACAUUCUAGUGCACCUCUGAGCCAGGAACCUAAUUCUGAAACAUUACGGAGUGCCCUGGAACUUGCCACCUUCAGAAAACUUCUAACAGCAUCCAGGAACUUAGUAUCUUCAGAGGUGUUCUACAACACCUUGGAACUUGGGAUUUUGGAAGAUUUUUCUAAAAACCAGGUGAAAAUGGUAUAGGCUUAGUGUGGUGUGGAAUUGUUCUUUAGAGAAGGAGCAAGGCACUACAGAAAACACCAAAUGCCAAAAUGUUGAACUGAGGCUUCUGUGGGGAGUGAUACUGUUAAAGAAUGACCUGAGUUAAAUAAACAAAGCCUGCAUUACAUUUACUCCUUCAAGCAACUUGAACUUGCUCACUACUCAGAGCUUAUUUUAAAGUUGUGGGUUUUUUUAGGGGUAGCAUCUUCUGAGAUCCCCGGUUUCUCCCUCCCUCAAUCUCAAAGUCCUCUCUUCUCACAGUUCCCCUCCCUUUAGGCACACCUCCCUCUAGAGCCCUUCACUGCUGAAUAAAUAUUAUUUGUUUUAGCUUCUUCUUCAGCUUCUCUCCAGCCCCUGGGGAUACAGUGGGAAGUUUUUGUACUUAGGAGAAAAGAGGCUUUUAUGUAUAGCAAAAGAACCCCCCCCCCCCGAGUCUGUUUUAUUUGUUCAGUUGUAGGGUUCAUGGAGUCAAAUUAAAAGGUAGCUUACGUAACCACCUCUUAACUUGCUACUGGCCUGGAGUGUAGCUCAUGUGUACUUUGUUUCACAGGGUUGAUGGGAAUAAAGUGUUUC